UUAAAUCAAAAUCAAAUCAAAUCACUUUAUUGUCACACAGCCAUAUACACAAGUGCAAUGAUGUGUGAAAUUCUUGGGUGCAGUUCCGAUCAACAUGGCAGUCGUGACAGUGAUGAGACAUAUACCAAUUUACAAUAACAUCAAAUUAACACAACACAAGUCUAAUUUACACACAACAAUAUACAAAUAAUAACAUACACUGUACAGUAUACAAUACGCACUAUAUAGAUACACAUUAUUCAAUAAAAAUACAAAAUAAAAAUAUAUAUAUAUAUAUAUAAAAAAAUGUAAAGGCUAAAAUAGGCUUCUGUUGUUGUUUUGCGGAUGUAAAAGGUACAUGGGAGGCACUAUGUCAGGGUUCCUCAAUAGGCAGAAUUCUGUUUGUCAUGUUUAACCCGUUAUUUCCAUAAUGGUUAAAAUAUUAAUACUGCUAAAAACUGCCAACAAGAAUAAAAACAUUUGUACAAGUGUUCAUUAUUGUAUGUAUUUUUAUUAUUUUACCAUCUUGACACUCUCCCAUUCAAACUCGGAAGCAUUUCUAAGCGCCGAGAAGACAUGACAUGUGCGCACAAAGUUAUUAAUAAUAACAUAUAUUGAUUAUUAGAUGAAUUCGUACAUGUGAUAAACGAAUAUUUGAAUAAUUUCCACUGUGUGCAGCCUUCUGAGUUAACAAUAAUAUCACCUCAGUGAAGUAGUGAAGAAAGAAAUCACUUAGCAUUUUAAUAGCAAAAUAAAAAAAAUAAAAACAUACACAGAGCUGACAGUAUGGUGGCUCGCACAGACCCAACACUUACAGUGCAGUAUUAAUAUAUUACACUAUAAAUAAGUAUGAUAUAAGUAUGAUAUUAAUAUAUAUGUACUAUUUACUUUUAAUAUUUGUAGUAUUUAAAGAUUCAAGAAUUGUAAAAUAAUUGCAAAAUUUCGCAAACUUAGCUGGAAAAAUAAAGGGCAUCUUGUGGAGCACUUGCUACUGUUUCACACAUGACAAUAAAAGACUGAGCACAAGCUGGUCCUGAAUAAAUUAUUUAAUAAAUUACAAUAAUGACAAUUGUGCAUGUGCAAUUAAUUUUUUCAUUGUGGGAUUUAAAUGUAUCCAAGUGGCUCGAGUGUUUUGACUAUGUUCACCAAACUUCGUUCAGAUCCAUUUAAUGAUUCAGUGACCAUUUCUGGUGAUGCCAGAAGGUGGUGACAAAUGAGUGUCUUGUAUGAAAUGAGUUAGUCACUGAAUCAAAGAUUAAAAGAAAAUUGUAAUCCUCUAAAAUGUGUAUGUCUACAGACCUACAAAGAGACUUUAGUAGAGGUUUUAAGCAUUAUAAAAACAAAGCAAAUCUAUCAUUUCCCUACAGUUUGUGAACUUUUAUCAAAAGACAACAAUAAAAGUUUUAUUAUAAUUAUAAUGAAUUUCAAUAACGACUGUACAUUUUCAUGUAUAAAAAAGUGUGUCUACAUGUCUAUUCACUUCAGUAAAAUGCCUAACUGUUCUAAGAACACAGCAAAUCUAUCAUUUUUCCUACAGUUUGUCGACUGCACACCAACAUAGAGGUAAAAAAAACAGGAGCUGAUAUUAAAAAUAGCUUUACAUAUUUAACACAGAUCUAGUAAUCUGCUUGAAUUGGCAAAAACAACCGAUCAAACGUUUACCUCAAAAACAUAAUGUAAAAAGCAUAACUUAAUGAAGACUCGUGCGCUGAAAUAAACUCCAUGUGUGCUUAAAAGAAGGGUUGUCCUUUGUUUUGUUUUUUCUGCAGUGCAUUUCACGUAAUGCUGCCAAUCAAGAACGAUAUGCCGAUAAAUUACUCUUAUUUGUGUGUUCCUCAUCUCUAUAUUAUUAAUUUAAUUCAACAUCAAUGCCGAUAAAAAACAUGGAUAAAUGAGCAUUGUUGAAAGCAACUCUGUAGAAAUGAAAGGAGCCAUGUUGAUUAGACUGUCUGACUGACGGCCUAUAACGUAAGGGUUGUUUCGGCUCAUGAAACUCACCUGUGAUUGGCUGGAUGGUCGCUCAAUCAGCCCAAAGUAACGCAAAGAAUACUGUAUACAAAUCCACCAUUUGGACUCGGUAUGGGUUUAGCUUGGAAAAGUGCGGGGGACAAGCUGCUUCGCCCUUGAUGAGACAGCUGACUCGCAUGGAGGACAUGGAUACCCAGAUUGUUCAUUAAAGUUUUCUUCUUCUUCUUCUUCUUCUUCUUCUUCUUCUUCCCAGCAGGCGAAGUUGUGCAGUUUUGUGUAUCUGUAUACAAACAAAAUAUUCAUAAUUGUUUGAAUAAAUAAAACAGGCUACUAAUACUGAGAAAAAGAACUAAUAAAAAAUCGGAAUAUUUAUGUAUGACUCUUUUAAUAAACAACAACAACAACAUUAAUAAUAAUAAUAAUAAUAAUAAUAAUAAUAAUAAUAAGCAGCACAAAAACAUUUGUCAUUACAUCGAGGGCCGUGGCCCUUGACUUUGUAUGGUUGACAGCAUUUGGCCCUUGGUGAAAACUAAUUGGGGAACCCUGUACUAUGUGGUGUAAAAAAAAAAAAAAAAAAAAAAAAAAAAAGGUCAGUUAAUUGAUCCAGGAUGAAGAGCGCGUGAAACUUCAGUCUAUUGUCAAACUCAUUUAAGUCUCCACAGAACCGCCUCGCGCACAGCAGAGCGGAGUUUUUACAGGAACCAUACACUACGCCACAAUGACGACGAUUUUCUUGCCAUUUACCCCGCUGUUUCCUCGAACUUAUCUCUUUUGUGAGAUCUCUUUCUCUGAGGAACAUUAAACAGUGAUGGACAUGGACUCUGUAGCUCCUCCUCAAUGUAUGCUGCAGUCACUCGACAGGAAUGCGGUGGCAUCUGAGGGCAACUCUGAUUAUGUACAAUCUGUUAGUAGCGAAUCGAGCUCAUUCAUCAUGGCUGAUCACAAAAACCGUCUCGAAGUUCCGUCCAGGCUGUGGGUGACGACGGUUGUGGUCAUCGUGAUUGUCCUGCAAGUUGCCUCGACAACAGGACUCUUCAUCUACUUAAAUCUGUCAAUGGCACAGGCUCGGUCACAGGAUGUGGUGGAGGAUCUAAGAUGUCUUGGUCUUCUGAAUGCUCUUGAGAAAGAGCAGGAGGUACCAGACAACCUGGUGAGGCUCUUUGGGGAGCCAUGUAUUAAAUUAGCUGAAGGACUCAAAUCCUACAUUUCUAAGGUCACAGAAAACCUAAUCUCUAAACACACCUUUCAAGAAAGAGUAGCUAUCCCUCCUCGCACAAAGUUACUUACCACUGGAAGCCCACGGCCAUCUGCUCAUCUUACCCUCAGAGACAGUGGACUUCAGGGUCCCACAUCCCUAGCCCCCCAGACUGACCUUCAUCAGUCCUGUCGUCAUCCUGUUCGUUCCUGGGGCAACCAGAGCUUCGGCUCCCACCUGCACAACAUGACCGUGUCCAACGGGCGUCUGCGUAUUCCUCGCGCAGGCCGCUACUACCUGUACGCCCAAGUCUACUUCCGAUAUCUCACUCUUUCCAGUGACGAUUACCACUCAGGCAUUGUCAGCCACCAGAUGGUGCAGUGUGUCUACAAGAAAACUGCCUAUGCUCGCCCUAUUCAGCUCCUGAAGGGUGUGGGUACCAAAUGUUGGUCUCCAGACAGUGAGAACGCUCUUCAUUCCAUCUACCAGGGUGGCCUGUUUGAACUUCGUGCGGGCGAUGAGAUCUUCAUCUCUGUGUCUUCUCCCACAGCUGUGAAUGCAGAUGACUCCUCCAGCUACUUUGGGGCCUUCCUGUUUGACUUCUGAAGGAUGCAGUUGUGGUUUGUGGUCUUAUUGCAAGGCAAAGGAAAUGGUUACUCUCGGAGAGGCCCGAAUGGGAACUAUGAAAAAAGGGAGCUACAAAUACUCUGUAUAAAGGAAUUACAUUCUGCCAUCUGGAAAAUUCAAAUGGCUCUGUGAUAGCCAGUCAAGUUCAAAAUGCAACAGUCAAGACUAAUGUGUGUCAGUGAAAAUGUACUUAUACAUCUUGUCAGUGUGGUUUUGAGGAGAAGAGGAUGAAUUGACCUUCAUAGGCUGGGUGUUUUAUGUGAAAAUGGACAUGAAUUGUGCUGAAGUGAAACCUCCUCACAUGACCAAGUGAUAUAAUAUAAAAUCUUAUCUGGAUGGAUCGAUCUUAAGCAUAUCUGAGAGGAAGCUGUAAAUGAGAAUUGCCUAACAACACUUUUCACAGUAAAAGGAAUAUUCCAGGUUCAAUAAUAUUGAUUACCACAAAAAUGUUUUUACAUUUGGGUUACGGUGAGGCUCUUACAAUGGAAGUGAAUGGGACAUUUAAACAUUAAAAUACUCACUUUUUCAAAAGUAUAGUAACAAAAUGUAAACAAAAUGCAUGUUAACAUGAUUUUAGUGUGAUAAAUCACUUACUAACCUUUUUCUGUGCAAAGUUAUAGCCAGUUUUAUAACUUCGUUACCAUGACGAUGUAAUGUCAAUGAACCCUAAAAUUACCAUUUAAACAACUUUACAGCUCAAAUAAAGCAUGAUUUGUAACAUAAUUAAUGCAAGUGCUUUUAUAAAAUUCUAAGCUUCACAUUUCUGCUUUUAAACCCUCUAAAAAUUGGCUCCAUUCACUUCCAUUGUAAGUGCCUCAUUGAUUUUUUCUUUUUUUUUUCUUUUUUUUUUUUUAAAGGAGGGACGAAGGGUCAAAAUUAAUUUUUGAGGUAAUCAACAUUAUGCGACAAAUGCUGUUGAAUCAACUCUUAUUGGACUGCAUCUGCACUUUUAAAAAAUGCACAAAAAUGUUUUUGAGCGAGUUGCUACUCCAAAUUCAAAACAUAAACCAUACAAUGGUAUAGCCUGCCACUUUUCUGUUUUACAUAUCACCGUUAAUAUUGUUCAUUCAUUUUUAUAAUGACCAUCUGAUCUGAGUCAAUGGCCUGGUCAUGGUCCUUAAGUGUUCAGUUAAUUAAAUAUUUUUUUUUUAUUAUUUGCCAUAUCGCACCAUAAAUCAAACCUAAAACCAAGCACUGAUGUCUAAAGUAAAUUCUGAAAAAAAUAAUAAUAAUAAUAAUUAUAAUAAUUCUUGCAAGUUAUCUUGAGGAACCACAGCAACAAAUCCCAGUAUUGUCAGGGUACAUGGGCCAGAUUAAGAGCAAGUCUUGUCAUGACUCAUAUUUUACUCAUUUUUCAAAACAUGCCAUAGAUAAUGUAUAGAAAAAAAUUAAACACUUUUUCAAUUGUCCCUUUUCCUGCUUAUUUUUAUUCUCCUAAAGCCCUUACUAUCCUGAAAAGAAGCACAGCCAGUUAUACUGUGUUCUCAGUUCUGGUCCAAUGGACAUUUCUUUUGUAAUUUUGCAAACAUAAAACCCACAAAUGAGAAAGGUGUUUGAAUUCUUGUGUGUAGAUCAGCAACUAAACUUACAAUGUGUACACAAAUCCCACAAUCCACACUAAAAAUAAACACUGAAGAACAAGUUACAAAUAAGUUAUUGUAAUUCAUGUGACAUUCAUAUUUAACAAUAAAGGAUAAAUGCUAAUGUUAAAAAAACAAGCAAUUUACACAAUUUAACCCCCCCCCCCCAAUUAAAUAAUUAGGACACACAAUGAUCUAAUAUGGUUUUCUUUUUUAAAGUGGCCCUUUAUCAAAAUGACUCCCAUUUUGAUAAAGAUGUAAAUACUGUAAAACUGAGCUAAAUUCAGAACAACACAAAAUCGGCUGAAAUGGAGGGGAUUGCUGAGAAACAAGCAAGCUAGUUAGUUCAAAGGAUAUAAACUCUGGAUGAUGGCUACUGUCAGAUUCAAGGAGUGCCUUUAAAAAUGUAUACUUUUGAUCAUUGUUUAUAAUGAUCUUUGACUUCAUUGUGUCCCAUUGCGAAAGGUUUCUAAACAUAUAGUGGUGUGGUAUGGUGGCAGAGAAAAGCAAAUUAUAAAAAGAAGUUGACCCAGGAAUAAGCAAGCUGUAAACAUUAAAAUGGAAAUAUCUGGGUAGGUAUGCAUAUAAUGAAAUUACACAAUUCAAGUGACUACAUUUUGCAUGCUCAGAUGACAUUUUGACAUGCAUGUGAUAGUAAUAAAAAUGGUACAAGCAUAA